AUGUCGUCUGCAAACUACCCUCUUCGCAACAGCGGCAUAUACCGCAACCUUCCAACCUUCGACCCCUCCAUCAAAGGCCUCACAGCACUGAUAUGCGGCGGCAGUGGGAUCUCAGGCUUUCAUGCUCUUCGUGCCCUGCUGGACUCACCGGAGCGAUGGAGUACGAUCUAUAUCCUGUCUCGCUCGCCCCUGCCGGAGAAGAUGGUCGCACUUCUGACGGAAGACCAGAGGCAACGAACCAAACACGUCUCUGUCAAUCUGCAAGGCGAUGCUGAAGAGGUAGCCCAAAGCCUAAAAGAUGCCCAUGUCAAGCCAGACUACAUCUUCUUCUAUUCGUACAUGACUGCUGAAAAUGAGAAUGCCAUGGAUGCAAAGGUCUCGCAGAAGCUGUGUGAUCUGAAUGUUCCCCUGAUCAACAACCUCCUUCAAGCCCUGCCAAAGGCAGACAUUCACCCCAAGAGGAUCCUACUACAGACAGGAGGCAAACACUAUGGAGUACACAUCGGCCGUGUGCGCAACCCAGUCCGCGAAUCCGAUCCAGCUCCCAAGCAUUUGCAAGCCAAUCAGUUCUACUAUGAACAAGGUCGUCUGCUUGAGCAAUAUUGUGAGGAGCAUCCAGAGACAGGCUGGAAUAUUGUUCGGCCAUUUCCAAUCAUUGGUAGCGUGACACAGACCUGGAUGAACACAGCUUAUCCGUUUGGCGUCUACGCUGCCGUGCAGGCUCAUAAAGGAGAGCCCCUAGAAUUCGGCGGCGACUGGGAAGCCUGGCAAUUCGCGCAAGCAAUGUCCACCGCUCGCAUGACAGGCUACCUCUCCGAAUGGGCCGUCCUAGAGCCCCAAAACGCAAACCAAGCCUUCAACGCCACAGACGGCUCUCUUCUCUCCUUCGACCAUCUUUUCCACGAACUCGCUCGCUGGUACUCCGUCUCCAAAGGCGUGAAUCUCCCUAAAACAGACUCUGAACGCUCCUUCCCUAGGAAAAUGCAACUGGCAGGAGGCAAAGAUUCGCCGUUGGGAUAUGGUCCUCCUCUUGAGACGCCUCUCGAAUUUUCGCUUGCGGACUGGGCGAGGAAGCCGGAGAAUCAUCAGGCGUGGAAGGAGAUUCAGGAGCAGAGUGGAGGGAGAUUAACGCAUGAUCCUUUCGGAAGUGAAGAGGAGAUAGAUAAGACCUUUCUGGGAGAUUAUUGUUAUUUGAGAUAUGGUGUUAUCGGACAGGAUAAAGUGCGGAGAGCUGGGUUUACAGGAUAUGUGGACAUUCUGGAGGCAUUCUUCGAGACAUUCGAAGAAUUCGCCAAGUUGGGAAUGUUGCCGGAGAUGAAGGUUGACGCAGCGAUUCCACUGGGUGCAUGA